AUGCGUGGCAUCCGUCUCUGGGGUGUUCUUUCUGGCGAGGUCUGCUGUCCGCCACGUCCAGUUCCUCCGGUGGCCCCUACUCCGCCGACUCCACCGAUUCUUCCUACGGAUGCUAAUCAGGCCGCCAAGGAUGCGGCUAAGCUUGCUGAUGAGGCUGCUGCUCGUGCUUAUGAUGAGAGGGUUUUGGCUUAUGAGGAGGCUCUUCAGACGUAUCAGGGUGCUCUGUUUGUUUACACCCAGUGGCUUGAUGAUGAUGCUCAUGCUGCAAUUGUUCUCACUGCUAGUGUUCUGCCUCAGUUUGCUUCUGAGUUUCUGGGUCUUCCUACUGUCUUUGAGAUGUGGACCCAUCUUCGUCAGCGCUAUCAGCCCUCUGGUGAUGCCUUAUACCUUUCUGUGGUCCGUCAGGAGUAUGCUCUUCAGCAGGGUGACUCUACUGUUGAUGACUUCUAUGCACAGAGUUCUGCUAUCUGGCGCCAACUUGAUUCUCUCCGCAGUGCUGGUUGUCGUACUUGCCCCUGUUGCCAGGCUGUCCAGGCCAAUUUGGAGUUUCGUCGCGUCUACGAGUUCCUGUCUCGGCUCCGUAAGGAGUUUGAGCCCCGGCGUGCUCAGUUGUUUGCUCGUGGCCAUAUUUCUCUCAUGGAGGCGCUUUCUGAGAUUCGUGCUGAGGAGACUCGCUUAUGUGGUGCUGGUUUGCUGGAGGUUCCCUCUGUACUCGCUACUCGGUCUUCUUCCACGCCACCUGCUGCACCGACUCCUUCUCGCUCGAGUGCUCCGCCGCUCUUGCCCACUCCUUCUGGAGGCUCAGGUCGCCCCCGUCCACAUUGUGAUUACUGCAACAAUGAUGGUCAUAUUGAGUCCCAGUGCUACACGAAGAGGAAACACCUGCGCAAGGCGCGAUCAUCCUCUUCAGGGACUUCGUCAUCUACCUCGACAGCUUCAGCCAUUGCUUUGACUGAGCAGGAUAUUCUGAGACUUAAGCGUCUGCUCGCGGCUUCAGGUUCUUCCUCGACGGGUACUGCUGGUUCUGUGGCUGAUGCUUCCUGCACUGAGCAACCGCCCUCUACACAGUCAGGUACAUCCCCACGGGUUCUGGACUCUGGAGCUUCUUUUCAUAUGUCUUCUCAUUCUUCCACUUUGUCCUCUCUUCAAUUGCUGGAUUCUCCUGUUCAUGUCUUCACUGCUGAUGGUACUCCACUUUCUGUUGCUAGUAGGGGAAAUCUUACCACUCGUUCUUAUUCUGUUCCUGAUGUUGCUCAUACCAUCGCACGCACACUCUGGUUGGGGCUGGCCCUCGCCGCCGUGAUUCUCAGGGUCUUUGGGAGUUGGACUGGCUUCAUGUUCCUUCCGCUGCCACCACCAUCGCCAGUACCUCCACUUCAGUCGCCUCCGUUACUGGUUCCUUCAAGCAGUGGCAUCAUCGACUUGGUCAUCUGUGUGGUUCUUGGUUGUCGUCUUUAG